ACAUUUUUCUUGUUCCCUUGCCUCAGAGAUUCGCAGCCACAGGCCAUUGAGAAUUUGAAAACCUGAACUUCGAAGCUCCCAUCUUCGAACUUCCUCUCUCUCUCUCUCUCUCUCUCUCUCUCUCUCUCUCUCUCUGUAUAUACACACAGACGUGGAACCUUGAAGCCCUUUCUAAUCUAUCCAAAGGCAAAGCGGCUAAGGGGAUUGUAAAGAGGAUAAGGAUACGAAGAUCAAGAACAGAACCGGAGUCUGGAGUUAAUCUUCCAUUCUAUGUUCCUCUUUGUUGAUUGAGAGGUUCAUUUCAUCUUCUAUUGAACCCAUUUGAUGUUGGUUUCCCCGAGCUGUAGAAGACAUUAAAUUAGUGUUAAUAGAAGUUCUGAUAGAGGCUACUUAAUCACCAUGGCUUUGGCUGCAGUUCAUUUCAUCUUCCCAUCUUCCCUACUUCUUUCUCCAAAAAUUGAAGUUAGAUUGCAAAAUCCAGGGCGAAACUUAUCUGUUAUAGCACAGGAAUCAUCAGGAAACAAAAGUUCGGGGAGACGAGUAUGGAGGCGAAGAAAGCUGAUGAAGAAAGAUGAGAAGGUGCAGUACAAGAUGGAACGUAUACCUUUCCUGGAAGAGCAAGUGAGAAGGGUAAAGGAAGCAGGAGGACUUCUGAGUAUGGAUAUAGAGAGGCUAUUGCUGUCGGAAGACAACCGUUUUGAUUUUAUAAACAAAGUGGUAGCAGAGGCUAAAGAAUAUGUUGAGAACAACCGGGAUGAGUAUGGCGCCAAGAAACCUAUCCUCCAUGUACUUAGUAAUCGUUUGAAUGAAGCUGGGUUCGACCGACCGGAAGCUUACAUGGAAUCUGACCCCUACAGACCUGGGCCUAAUUAUCUGAGAGAAGAACAAACUUGAGCUAUAAAUGGUCUUCACUCUUCACUACACCAAAAAGAGAAAUAAAGAGAGACUAUAUAUGAUCAAGAUCUCUCACUGUUUUGCUAUCUCCAUUCUUGAAUAUUGAGAUAAGAUUUCAUUGUUAAGCUAUAGCCUAUAGGCAUAUGUUUGAUAUUUUGUCAAGGUAUAUAACUGUAUUUCUUUAUUUUAAACUAUCAAAUUGAUGAAGAUGACUUGGCAGAGA